AUGAGUGGACACAUUCCCUGACUGACUAAACCUGCAUCAUCUCACCUGAGUCAGUGGGAGACCAUGCUGUGCUUUCAUUCCCACAUUAUAUAAUACACUAGCAGGGUGCUGGCUAUCUAGCUACAACUGUGGAGAAAAAGAAAACUCUGUUUCUAUUGACUUUAAGAUCAAGAUAUCCAUGAUAAAAGGAAAAUCACAUAGAAGAACAUUAUGGUAUUGAUCUGCAUGCAGAUAAGAAUUGCUGGGAUAGCUAAAUGAUUAAAGGCAAAGUUAACAGCCCCACUGGUAAUUUUUUCAGUGAAGAAGAAGAUCUUUACCUUGAAGCAACAUCGACGCUAGACUGUGAAUCUUGGGCAGCGGCACUCUGUCAAGCAAACUCUGAAAUAUUGUGUGGGGGAAUUACACUGGUCAGAGCAUUAAUAAUGGAAAUGAAAGAGGAAAGAGCCUUGGAUGUAGCCCAGAAUCUAAUUUUCCCUGCUGAAGGGGAGAAUCCUGUAGGGCAAGACACAGCAAGGAUUCCGAAAACUUUGGCUGACCCAAAGCUUGAGUUUGCUCUUGCGUGCAAGAAUCUUCUCACUGCUGCCCGUGACCGAAAACUCAACACGUAUGUGCAGAUAUCAGUGGCACAUCCAACAGAGCAAAGUUUAACAAGAUAUGCAAACACUGAAGUGGUGGAGGCAACAAGGGACCCACUGUUUCUGACUGGUGUGACGUUUCCUUCGGAGUAUCCCAUUUACGAGGAAACUAAAAUAAAACUAACCGUAUAUGAUGUCAAGGACAAGUCCCAAGAAACCGUUCUUCCAGAAGCCAGUGAUCCAAGAACAAACAGUGGGAAAAGUCUCCUGGGCUGCAGUACUUUUAAAGUAAGGGAUCUGGUGAAAUCAAAGGAGCAACAACUGUCGCUAAAUCUCAAGACCCUAAAUGGUGGAAAGAAAAUUGGCAAUAUUGAAGUAAGUCUGGUGAAGAUGGGAGAGAUAGAGAAUGGGGAGGCAGAUCGCAUCACAACAGAUGUGCAUGAACAGAAGUGUUCUUUGGUCUGUGAAUGCACUUCACCAGAAGCUAACAGUGGAAAGGACAAUUUAUUAAAUACAGUUUUCAGGAAUCCCAUCUACAAGUUUUACAGAUUUCCUUCAUCAGAUAACAAGUGGAUAUGUGUCCGGGAACAGAUGGCGGAGAGCAGCAUGUCAUUUCAUAUUCCAAAACAACUGCUCUCCCUAUACUUAAAAGAAGAUACCAGAAGAAUUGAGCAGCUAAAAGAGCUUGGUGACCUUUCUCCACACUGGGACAACUUGCGUCAGAAUGUUCUAGCUCAUUAUGAAGAGAUGGUAUCUGUCUAUCAGGAAAGUCUUGUAGAGCUAGAGAAACAUACAGGGUCUUCUUUCAAAUCAAGCUGCAGUAAAGGAGAAAAAAGUCUAGAGUUUGUUCCUAUUAACCUUCACUUACAACGAAUGCGAGUCCAUAGCCAAAAGUUAAAAGAUGCCCUUUAUGAUGUAAUAACCAUUGGAGCUCCUACAGCACAUUCUCAGGGAUUUAAAAAUGGCGGCCUCAGGAGGCUCCUCAGUAGAUUUGAGGCAGAAAAGAAAAAUACCGGGUACCAGUGUAUUUACUAUUCACCUGAGAACACAGCUAAGGCAAAAGAAAUUCUUAGUAGUAUCAAUCACCUGCAGCCUCUUAUAUCAAGCCAUACGGACCUCCUGCUUAAUUCAGCAAAACAGCAAUGUGCAGAGAGCCUAAAGAAUUCUUUAAAGACACUCUCAGAAACGACGGAGCAAUUUGUUCGUUCGUUUAAGGAUCAGCUUGUCAGCAAUGCUCUUUUGGCACUAUCCACAGCAAGACCAAGCUGUGCCAGCACAAAGCUUACUGAUCCUCUGAACGACACAGAAGAUAAUAAGUCACCUAAGCAGGAAAACUUGCACCAAAUAACAAGGCAAGAUUCCAUACCUCAACUUUCGGAUUAUGAUGAGGAAGAAUGGGAUAGGGUGUGGGCCAAUGUGGGGAAAAGUUUAAACUGCAUUAUUGCCAUGACAGACAGACUACUUGAACAAGGCAAUAGCACAAGAGAAAAUAAAACUGAGUGUUCAUCUGAAGAGAUCACGUCACAACAAAACGGAGACUGGUAUGAACAGCUGUACCCUCUGAUAAUUACACUAAAGGAUUGUGUUCAAGAAGUGGUAGAUCGAGCAAAGAAAUCAAUGACUUUUGUUGUUUUUCAAGAGCUUGCAUGUGGGUUGCCUCAGUGUUUACAGCUCACCUUUAGGAGAGACGUUGUUUUCAGCCAAGCACUUUCAGGACUGACCUGUGGUUUUAUAAUCAAGCUACAUUCAAGUUUACACAAUGAGGCCUUUUUACAUCAGCUUCAUACUGUGGGGUUACUUGUCCAAUAUGAAGGUCUACUGAGUACAUACAGUGAUGAAGUGGGGAUGCUAGAAGACAUGAGUAUUGGCAUUUCAGAUUUAAGGCAUGUAGCAUUUAAGAUCACAGAAGCCAAAUCAGAAGAUGUUCUGCCAGUUGUUACUGGAAGACGAGAAAGCUUCAUGGUAGAAGUCAAGCUUCCAACCAAAAUGUUCGAGUUACUUCCCCAAGAAAUUAAAGAUGGGAAAUUGCUCUACAUUCAUCCAGUGUUUUUUAAUAUAGGAAUUAAUGAACAACAAACAAUUGCAGAGAGAUUUGGCGAUACGUCUUUACAAGAAAGCAUUAAUCAGGAAAAUUUGGAACAUUUGGAAGAAUAUUAUAGAAUGUGUACUGAAAAAGUUCCUUCGGAGUGUCCACAGUUAAUGCAGGAACAGAGUGAUUUGAAGGAACUCCUUGAAAACCUACACCAAAAUACACAAGCCAAAAAGAGGAAGAAUGUAGAAAUUAUGUGGUUGGCAGCUACAAUAUGUCGUAAAAUGAAUGGAGUUCGUUUUACAUGUUGUAAAAGUGCCAAAGACAGGACCUCUAUGUCGGUGACCUUGGAGCAGUGCCAGAUAUUACGAGAUGAACACGACCUACACAAGGACUUCUUUGUUCGGGCCCUUGAGUGCAUGAGGAGAGAAGGAUGCCGCAUAGAGAAUGUUUUGAAGAAUAUCAAAUGCAGAAAAUAUGCAUUCAACACCAUACAGCUGCUGGCUUUCCCCAAGUACUACAGGCCUCCCGAUGGCACAUAUGGAAAAGUUACCAAUUAAUUGCAUUGAUGGGAUACUUGAAAAUGUGAGCAGCUGUAAGGCACAUUCCACAGAUAGUGAGCUAUUAGAGCUGGUGCUGUAGCAUUAGAACCAGUGUUCCCCAUGUACUGGACAAUUGGGCACAAUUACAUCUAUUGCUGAACUGCAGGUCCUUUCAUAACUAACAGCUAAAAGCUGCCAGAGGAAAUUACUAGCACCCGCCUGCACAGGUAGCGGCCUAUUCAAGAUUCCAAGGGUGAUAGUUAAAGUAACAAAGCCCAUCAUCAUACCUUGUCCACGGCUAUGAAAUUAGCAAUGUAUGUCACAUUCAGAAUACAAUAGUUUUCUUGUGGAUAGCUGGUCAUUAACAAGCAACCCCUAGCUCUGUUUAAAAAAAAAAAAUCUUUAUCAAAAAUAAUGCUGACAUUCAGAGGCAAAAGAGGCAUUUUUAUUUCCACAACAACAGCCUGAUAGAAUGCUGGAAUCAUCAUGGAAAGGAGAAUUUCAGCAGAAAGAGGAUAGCAAGGCCUCAUCUAUUCCAUGCAAAUGAAACUGCUCUUUGUAGAGUUUUUGUAUCUCACACCAUGACAAAAGAAAGAAAAAAGGUGGAUAAGGCUUUUUAAGGUUUACACUCUAUACAAUUGUAUUUUAACAAGUAUUUCUUAUGGCACAAUAAUGUUCCACCUACAGCCUCUUCAGCAGCCACUGGUUUGCUCUAAAGCAAGCAGAGAAUCACUGCAGUCUGCUAAUUACACACAACUGUAAAUAAAAAAACAGGUAUUUAUUUGUAAAAAUUGAAUUCAGAUUCUGAUGAGUAUUCUCUAUUAUUGCAAUCCAUUUCGUUUCAUAUCGUGACCGUUGCCCAAACUGUCAGCCAAGAACUGAGGUGCUAUAGUUCAUAAAUUAGGGAGACGCCAGUCAAGCAUUUAUCUUAUUUAUUCUGUGUUUAAAGGGAUACUGUCA